AUGUCAUGGUUCAAAUCAGUUUCUGACGUGCCAUCCAAUCUAUGGGAAAGGCUCAGAGAGAACAACGAAGCCUAUGUCCAGCAGCUUCGCGCACUCCUUGUGCAAGCCAGUACCUGUUCAUUGGAGUAUCAGAAUGCUCUCCAUGUUUUGCAGUGUGUUCGUCUGGCGGAACACAAACCCGCAAAUGAAACGGAGGAAAGCAUCAUAAGCGCCUUCAAACUGGCCGCUGCAGGCCGCCUUUACCUGCGGGAAAUGGGCAUCGCGGCCGGGGCCAAGAUCGAACCGGAGGAGUUGAUAGCUCUGCUGGAUGACACGGCCGCACUCCCGGGCGUCUUCGCAGUCGGUUGCCCUGGUGCAGGUGGGUAUGAUGCUGUUUUUGCGCUCGUUAUUGGUGAUGCCAAUUGCGCUGUCGUCGAGCAGUUCUGGGAGAGCUACACCAAGCUGAAUGUUUGUCCCCUGCUGGUCCGAGAGGACUGCGGUGGGCUAUUGAUUGGUACUGUUUAA